GAUACUUUGCAUACCAUUGUCGUGUUGUCAAAUUUUCACCGAAGACGCAGCGGAGUGAAACUCCAUCGAUCAGUAAAUUGGGAUUUUGGCACAAAUUCUGUAGAUUAGCGUUCAAAAAUGAGCUCAAAGGCGAAGCGUAGUGAAAAUCCGGGAAAAGAUGAGGAGCCUGUUAAAAUCAACAAAUGGGACGGUAUUGCUGUGAAACACGCCUUGGAUGAUUCCGUUAAGGCGGCUCUGAUGAAUCGUACCAAUAUGAAGGAGCAUCACGCAAUCGUGGACGGACGGCUCCUGAUUUGUGCCUUGGCCGUGAGCACAGCGCUGGUCGCACAUAUCUACGAUUAUCAGUAUUCGUUUCCGGCUUCGAAACCGGUGCUAAUUGUGUGCGUGUGUGUCUACUUCUUCAUGAUGGGCGUUCUUACUAUUUACACAACUUACGUCGAGAAGGGUAUUUUCGCCGUUGGAAACCAGAAGGACGAAAAGGGUAACCACAAGCGCUGGCAGGCAAGCUCCGACAUGAAGAAAUACGAUGAUAAGUACGAACUCACGAUCCAGCUGCGCGACUCACGAGGCGUCCGGGAGGCAACCGUAGUGAAAUCAGUGGCCAACUUCAUCGACGUGAACGGAACUGUGCUGGAUGAUUUGGUAGCGAACGAACUGAACCGUGUCGUGAACUCUUUGAAUGCGGACAAAAAAGACAAGUAGAGCUGGUUGCGCGAUUUUCUGUAUGUAUUGCUAGCCACUCUGAAAGAAACGGGUGGCCAAGAAUAAUUUUGUCCCUCUUAGGUAUAAGAGUGCUAGAACUAUUUGCGAUGAAUAAAUAAAACGUACUUUUCUAGA